UCUGCUAAGGGGAGCGCCGUGGCCACGGAACGCUGCCCGGAGCCGCGCGAGCGAGGACCCGACGCGUGGCGUUUCCCCGGCGCAGCUUUCCACCGCCGGGGAUAACUCUCCAGACCUCCAGCUGGCCAUGUGGUGAGUUCAAGGCCCAAAUCAAGUAGUACCACAGUAAUUGGGGAACUCCCUCUAUCUGUUUUGAAUGGAUUCACACCAGCCCCACACCUGGAAAGAUGGUGUCACAGUCUACAGUCGGGCAGGAUUCUCCUGUGGACUCCUGGGAAGGGAUGAGCAAUCACUCUGGCAUUAUUGAUGGUUCGCCCAGACUCCUGAACACUGACCAUCCUCCUUGCCAAUUAGACGUCAGGCUCAUGAGGCACAAAGCUUCCUGGAUCAGCCCCCACGAUGUGCAGAAACAGCUGCAGGACUUGCAACCUCAGGUGCCAGCAGCGGGGAACAGUGGGACCCACUUUGUGAUGGAUGCUGCCUCUCCCUCAGGCCCUUCGCCUUUAUGCCUUGGGGACUCCCUGGCAGAGACAACAUUGUCAGAGGAUACCACGGACUCCGCUGGCAGCACCUCUCUCCAUGGCUCAAGUGAAAAGAGGAGCAGCUUCUCUCUGUCCUCAACAGAAGGACAAGUGGUCCCCCCAGGAUGCUCUGAUCAGGUGUCUCUGCUUACAAGCCCUAGGAUUUUGGACGCCUCCCCAUAUCCUGAGAUUGACAGUGAUCUUUUUGAGCCUUCCCACGUGACAUCUUCUGCUGAUGAAGGUGCUGUUCAAGACAGUAGAACCAUUUCUUUGAAUUCCUUCUCACCAGAGGUAUUUGUGCUGCCUGUCGAUGUAGAAAAGGAAAAUUCCCACUUUUAUGUUGCAGAUAUGAUUAUAUCAGCAAUGGAGAAAAUGAAGUGUAACAUUCUGAGUCAACAGCAGACAGAGAGCUGGAGUAAAGAAGAAGCGCUUGGGUCACUUGGGAGUGAUCAGCCUGACUCUGAAGUGACUUUUGACACCAACAUAAAGCAAGAAUCUGGGUCUUCCAUUUCUUCAUACAGUGGCUAUGAAGGUUGUGCUGUGUUGCAGGUCAGCCCAGUGACUGAAACACGUACUUACCAUGAUGUGGCAAAAGAGAUUUGCAAAUGCGAUGUUGAUGAAUUUGUUAUUUUAGAGCUUGGAGAGUUUAAUGAUAUCACAGAAACCUGUAGCUGUUCCUGCAGCUUCUCCAAGAGUGUCACGUAUGAGCCAGACUUCAAUUCUGCUGAACUAUUAGCAAAAGAGCUGUACCGCAUAUUCCGGAAGUGCUGCAUACUGUCAGUAGUUAAUUCUCAGCUGGCAGGUUCCCUGACUGCAGCUGGCUCGAUAGUUGUAAAUGAAGAGCGUGUCCAAAAAGACUUUGAAUCCAGUAUGAAUAUAGUACAGGAAAUUAAAUUUAAGUCUAGGAUCAGAGGGACUGAAGACUGGGCUCCUCCUAGAUUUCAAAUCAUAUUUAAUAUUCAUCCACCACUCAAGAGGGACCUUGUGGUGGCAGCCCAGAAUUUUUUCUGUGCCGGCUGUGGAACUCCAAUAGAGCCUAAGUUUGUGAAGCGGCUCCGGUACUGCGAAUACCUGGGGAAGUAUUUCUGUGACUGCUGCCACUCAUAUGCGGAAUCCUGCAUCCCUGCCCGGAUCCUGAUGAUGUGGGACUUCAGGAAGUACUACGUCAGCAAUUUCUCCAAACAGCUGCUCGACAGCAUAUGGCACCAGCCCAUUUUCAAUUUGCUGAGCAUCGGCCAAAGCCUGUAUACGAAAGCCAAGGAGCUGGACAGAGUGAAGGAAAUUCAGGAGCAGCUCUUCCAUAUCAAGAAGCUGUUGAAGACCUGCAGGUUUGCUGACAGUGCAUUAAAGGAGUUUGAACAGGUGCCGGGACACUUGGCUGAUGAGCUCCACCUGUUCUCUCUGGAGGACCUGGUCAGGAUCAAGAAAGGGCUUCUGGCACCCUUGCUCAAGGACAUUCUGAAAGCUUCCCUUGCACAUGUGGCCGGCUGUGAGCUGUGUCAAGGAAAGGGCUUUAUUUGUGAAUUUUGCCGUAAUACGACUGUCAUCUUCCCAUUUCAGACGGAAACAUGUAGAAGAUGUUCAGUGUGCAGGGCUUGCUUUCACAAACAGUGCUUCCGGUCCUCCGAGUGCCCCCGCUGUGCGAGGAUCACAGCUAGGAGAAAACUUCUGGAAAGUGUGCCCUCUGCAGCAACAUGAUGCCUCUGAGUAUUGUGAAAAAGACUGCUCAACAUGCCUUAUGAUUACCCCAAUUUGUGUCUAUUAUUGGUGACAUUGUUUUAGAUACCAGAUAUUGUAUAUUAAGGAAAAAGAUGGUCAAUAUUCUCUUUGUUGUAUAUGCUUAAUAUUUCACAAGAAUGCAGAUUCUGUGAUUAGGCACGGGAUCAAUAGUGGUUUUGUUUACAAAUGUCCUGUGUUUUGGCUGCUAUUGGUUUUUCUAAGAGUUUUUUAUACUUUUGUAUUUGAAUAAUUAUGUUGAACUGAUGUUGAGCCAU